AUGCCCGACAUUGACCCCGCGGCUCUGAGCCGCCCCGCCAUCGGCCUGACCACCCCCGUCCUCUCCAACAAGUCCAUCACCGUCUCGGCCCCCGGCGCCCUCAAGACCGGCAAGACGAGUCAGAUCAUCCCCGCCCGCAUCGAUCUCGAACCAUUAUACACAGCCCUCAAGCAGGCCAUUGGCGCCGAGCACUGGGUCAUCUACAAGGAGUCCCUGACCCAGUUCCUCAUCGGCCGCCUCAACCAGGCCGAGUAUGCCGAGCGCAUCGACCCCAUUCUCGAAUCGCCCGGCGGCGAGAGGGAGCACCUACACAACCAGCUCGUCGCCGCCAUCUACGGCAAUGUCACGAGAGAGAUGCCCGACCAGGGGCUCGCCCCCUGGGUCAGCGCCAACGACAAGCCCGCCACGAAUACCGGCAGCAAACCCGUGUCGGGCGAUGCCGCCGAGCGGCGCUUGAAGGGCGAGGUCAUGCAGCUGCCGGCGCGGGACCGAAGGCGUAUCAAAGAUCUCGUGCAGAACGAG